AUGGGGUGCUUUGAAGCUAUCAAGAAGGUAGCGAAACCCGCAGAGGGACAAUUGCUGUUUGCAAAUUGUUCACUUCUGGAUGCUGCUGCUCUGGAUGAGGUGUUUACCAAAUUCGGACCUUUUGAAGCGGUGAUCCACUUUGCUGCUUACAAGCAUGUCGGUGAGUCUCAGAGCAAGCCUCUGGAAUACUACGAGAACAACCUCACUGGCUCGAUCAAUCUGUUGAAGGCGAUGCGCAAGCACAACGUGAAGCGUUUGAUUUUCUCCUCUUCCUGCACAGUUUAUGGAGACGCUCCCUGUCCCUUCGACGAGAAUACGCCUACUGGACAUGGUAUUGAGCAUCCGUACGGAGAGACCAAGUUCAUGAUGGAGCGAAUCUUCAGCGAUGUGUACAAGCAGGAUCCGGAGUGGUGUAUCACGAUUCUGCGCUACUUCAACCCCAUCGGUGCACAUCCUUCCGGAGAUAUGGGCGAAGAUCCCUCGGGAUUGCUCUCCAACCUGGUUCCUUACCUGCAGCAGGUGGCGAUCGGUAAGAAGGACCACAUUAACGUGUUUGGUACCGAUUACGACACUCCCGACGGCACCUGUCUGCGUGACUACAUCCAUGUGAUGGACAUCGCGGAAGGCCAUGUGAAGGCUCUGGAAUACAUGCAGGGCAACGGCUACAAGGGCUACGACGUGUUUAACCUGGGAACGGGCAAGGGUUCUUCGGUGUUCGAGGUGAUUCGUGCGAUGGAGAAGGCCUGUGGAUUCGAAUUGAAGAAGGUUCUCUGCCCACGACGUGCUGGAGAUCGUCCAGAUGCCUACGCCGUUACAGAUAAGGCGGAGAAGUUGUUGCACUGGAAGGCGAAGUACACCCUGGAGGAUGCAUGCCGUGAUGCUUGGAACUGGCAGCACAAGCACCCCGACGGAUAUGCGGACUAA